GCGUAAUGGUGACCUCAAGAUCGACAUGAUGUUCCAGGCUUGGUGCCGAAACACUUCUGCUGGUGGGUUGUUUGAGUGAUAGCGUGAGCUGGACGUGGCGUGGCGGCCUUGCGAGGGCGGCGGGGGAAGCCGGAAGGAAGGAUGUCUAUGUCGACGUCGCCGCCACCUUCGUCCUCUCCUCCGUUGGCGCCCUUCCCGUUAAGCAGCUACACUGCAGCGAUGGCGUCGGUGGAGACGACGCAGCAGCCACGUGAUGUCCCGGCGCAGACUUACCUCGGGAAUUCCGUGAUCCCGAUAGUCAACAAGUUACAGGAUAUAUUUGCCCAAUUAGGCUCGGGAGCGGCGCCAAUCGAUCUUCCGCAGGUGGCGGUUGUCGGGAGCCAGAGCAGCGGGAAAUCCAGCGUGUUGGAGGCACUAGUGGGCAGGGACUUUCUGCCACGUGGGUCGGAGAUUUGUACACGGCGGCCUCUGGUCCUCCAGCUUGUACAGUUGCCGAAGCCGAAGCAGACCAAAGAAGAUGGGGGCAAUGAAGAAGGAGCUGUAGGAGAAGGGGAGAAAGGAGGUGGUGUCCAGAAGCAGCGGGAGCAGCAGGCAGAAUGGGGCGAGUUUCUGCACAUCCCAGGGAAACGUUUUUACGACUUCUCAGCCAUCCGUUCCGAAAUUCAGGCGGAAACCGAGCGUGAAGUGGGAACAAACAAGGGUGUCUCUGAUAAGCAGAUCCGGCUAAAGAUAUACUCUCCUCAUGUUUUGAACAUAACGUUGGUAGAUUUGCCUGGGAUCACCAAGGUUCCGGUUGGUGACCAACCUAGCGAUAUAGAGGCGAGAAUCCGGACUAUGAUCUUGUCCUACAUCAAACAUGAGACUUGCAUUAUUCUUGCCGUUUCACCGGCUAAUGCCGAUCUCUCAGUCUCAGACGCUCUUCAGAUGGCACGAAUUGCAGACCCUGACGGUUCUCGAACAAUUGGAGUGAUCACAAAGCUGGACAUCAUGGACCGUGGAACGGAUGCACGGAAUUUCCUACUGGGGAAUGUCAUUCCGUUGAAGCUUGGCUAUAUUGGAAUUGUCAAUAGAAGCCAGCAGGACAUAAAUGCCAACCUGAGCAUCAGAGAAGCCUUGGCUCAGGAGGAAAGUUUCUUUAGAAGCAGACCUGUGUAUCAUGGCCUUGCGGACCGUUGCGGAGUACAGAAGCUUGGAGAAAAAUUAAACGUUAUACUGGUACAACAUAUCCGUGGAAUUCUUCCAGAUCUCAAAGCACGAAUCAACACUCAAAUAGUGACAUUGCAGAAAGAGCUGGCCUCGUAUGGAGAGUUGACGGAGUCUAAGGCUGGUCAAGGUGCUCUGAUGUUGAACAUCCUGACGAGAUAUUCUUAUGCUUUCACAUCUGUUGUGGAUGGAAAGAGUGAGGAUAUGUCUACAACGGAGUUGGCGGGUGGAGCGCGAAUCCAUUACAUUUUCCAGUCAAUCUUCGUCAAGAGCUUGGAGGAGGUAAACCCCUGUGAGGAUCUUUCAGAUGAAGAUAUCCGGACUGCCAUCCAGAAUGCAACUGGCCCCAAGAAUGUGUUGUUUGUCCCAGAGGUCCCAUUUGAGGUACUUGUAAGGCGUCAGAUAGCAAGGUUGCUGGAUCCUGCAUUGCAGUGUGCCCGGUUUGUCUACGACGAGCUUGUGAAGAUAAUGCACAGGUGUGAAACCUUCGAGAUUCAACGUUUCCCAAAUUUGAGGCGUCGGCUUGAGGAGGUGGUUGCGGGCUUUUUGCGAGAAGGGCUUAUGCCAGCAGAGACAAUGAUUACACAUUUGAUUGAAAUGGAGAUGGACUACAUAAAUACAUCACACCCUGCUUUCAUUGGUGGUAGCAGGGCAGUGGAGGAAGCUUUGCGGGGUCGAAGUGCCAAGGUGCAGCAGCAUUUACCCCGACCUCGAUCGGACUCUGAAAUGGCAGUGGAGAGGGCUGUGCUUGUAGAGAAGAAGAACCGAGGAAUUCUUGCGAGGAGUGCAUUGCCUGCACCAGGAACUGAAAAUGGGCCAAGGACAGAACGCCCGACAACUUCAGGCAGUUCCAUAGAAGCUUCAGGAAAGUGGGGUCUGUCAUCCAUUUUUGGAGGAGGUGCUGAUGGCAGGGCCAAUGGAAGGGAUCAGAUGACAGGAAAGAUGUUUGCAACAGACCUUAAUCCCGCAGUCGAAGUUACAUCUGGCAUUCAGCUUCGAGAGGUUAAUCACGUUAAAAGGGAUCUUCACAGUGUCUUGAUCCGAAGACUGUACAGGGAGGAUUUUUUUGCUGAAAUGCUCCAGGAGAAGGAGGAAAUCGCGGUCAGGAGGAGAAGGUGCAAGGAGGUGUUGGUUGUGCUGCAACAAGCUGCCUGGACUUUGGAAGAGCUCCCUCUUGAUUACACGCUUCCUCAGGGAUCUUUCAUGAUGCCCAGCACAGGAGCAGCCAGUGGUGCAACUCAGUACUCAUUGGAUAAGGGGUCUUCUCACAUGGGGUCUCUGAUGGGGAACAUGCCUUCAGCCCUCCCAGGUUCUCCCAGGUUCGGUUCAGCAAGCCGGCUCGUCAGGCGGAGCUACACAGGAGAUGGGAUCAUACCAGGACUAUCAAUGCCCGGAUCGUUUGGCAGUGUGGGAAGUCCUCUUUCUUCCUCCUCUUUCAUGAAAGAGUCGUUGAAUGUCGUUCCGUAUUUGGGAAUGUUGUGAUAGAUGAGUUGCAGGACAAGGCGGAAACACCAAUUUGUUCGGAGCCUGUGUGCUUCGUCCAGUAGGAUUCAAAAGCAUUAUUAACAUCUGGCUUUGUAAGGAGUGUUCUUCUGUUGUAUUAUGUGGCUGUGCUUCGUAGGAGUAUGUGCAGAUUUAGCCACCGGGAAGGGAGCAUGUGCCAAUGUAACCGCCAGUCAUCGUGAAUGCAGGUAACUCUUGAACUUAUCAGGGGAGGCUGUCACGAAGAGGGAGGGGGGGGGGGGGGGCGCACAUAUCAGGAUGUCUCGGCCGAUAAGUCGGCGAUAGCGGGCUGCUACAGCCACACCAAGAGUCUGGUAUGACUGCGGCGGGAUGAUGCGAGUGGAUAGAGAACGGUGAGGAAUACCUGUCGAUUCCUUGUGGCACAUGCACUUCGAAUACCUGUGAAUUGAAUUGACCUCUCUGGGCGCCAACCGUAUUUCAGUAGCAACUUUGCGGAAGUGGAUUUUUUCAUGAAAGAUCGACCAAGGUCGCCUUUGCUGUGUUAAACCUGUUGGCUACUCAGGAGCCUGCGAAAAUAAUGGUAAAGCCCUUGUAAUGAUGUCGACAAAAGCUAAGCGCGCUCUUAUACUAUUACAAAAGAGAGACCCAAUGGUGCACCCAGACGAAGAGUCCAGCAAAACAUGCACAGGUGCCCGAGCCGAUUGGUAUCGUUAAUACCAACCCGCCGCUGUAACGACGAAGCGAUUAGCUUGUAUGCUUGGACAUUGCUUACAAUGUCGUGUGGUAUGCCCUUCAUGGCUGGUUCCUUGUUGGACAGCAGGAAAGAAUGGUUCCGGGGAAUGCGUUGGGAAACAAAGGGAAAAAAAGUGGAAAAAAAGAAAAGGGCUCCAGUGAAUGCGCCGGGAGGUUCUCCACAUAUUCCUACAAUCUGCGACAAACACUGUACGACAUUCUAAAUGUAAAUGUAGAUUGACAAGUGAUUGGUCGCGAUGAACUUAAUGGUUUGAUCGGCCAGCAUGUAUCUGGGGCGAAUCGCUGUCCGGGUACAUGUUGAAUGUCGAGUAGUGGAGGAGGGCCCAAAGUUGCAACAAAAUCGAAUGGGCUUUUUCACUCAGUGGGCUUCAAAAGAAGUUUUGCCGUCUCAAAGGUGUUUGUUUUUUUUUUUUUGGCGCACAGGGCAGGUGGAAGGCCGUCUCUUGAGGACGCCUGUAUUGCUCCGUGUGAUACUCGUUUUUUUUUACAUUAACGCACCCGUUGUGUUUUAUUAACUGCAAUCCUGAACUGAGACACUGCUUGCAUCUGUGAAAUGCUUAGCAGGCAUGUCGUGGCCGGCACAGGAUCUGUGAUAUAUGUAUACACUUUGUCACAGCCCCUCGUUUGUUGUCCUCUUUUCCCUCUCUGCCUUCGGUUUACCGGGCAGCUCCUCUGUUUGACGAUAUAUAUAUAUGUCCAGCCCUGUGCUUACGUAAAUGAUCCUCAGAGGUAAUGAUUUAAGAUACGGGUUUCUGACAAUACAAUCAAAGGCUACAAUUCGA